CAAUCAAGUGACUUUGGACAUGAAACCUCAAAAAAGUUAAAAAAAAAACAAAGGAAGAAGAAUAGAUGCUCCAAUUCAAAUGAUCUGCUUAUAAUUGGUAUAAUUGGUUGGAGAGUCGUAAAUUAUUGUAAAUUUUCUGAAAUUAUCUUCGAUUCCUCCUAUUAAAAAAAAAAAAAAGAAUAGAUGCUUGAGCACUUAACAAGUUAAAUUAGAGUCAAAUAAAGCAACAAAGUGCUUCGAUUGAUUCUAUAACGUGAAAAUAACGAAUUUAUGAGUAGUAGUAGAUAGUGUAGUGUGUUUGUUUAUAUAUCGCAAUUCGCACAUCAUUGUCAGGGUAUCGAUUCGCUCGGGUUGUGCGCGGGCUGCGUGUUUUUUCUUUUAUUAAUUUAUUAAUAUAAGGAUUGGAUUUGGGAUUGAAGUUGAAAGACACCACUCUCCUCUGCCUCUGCAUUGAUUUGUGAUAACAGAUAAGUCAGGGAAGGUUGAUGUUGAUUGUCAAAUCGUGUCCUGAAAUCCGUAGUUUUUCAAAUGCCAUAGCAGUGUAGCUUUCCUCAUAUAAGAGUGGCUUUUCUGGUGAAGAGCUAACUUAAAAGCCCUAUGUUGGCUUCAUUAAGAGCAGAAAAAUGAGUGAUACAGAAGGUAAAUCACAUUCCUCGGGAAUCACGAGGAAACUAGAUAGCCAUAAAACUUAUCACGGUAGAGAUCCCAAUCACGGAAAUAACCUUUGGAAAGAUGGACUUAUUUGUGCUUUUGAAUACAUUAAAGGACAAAACAGAUCGGUUAAAUCGAGCUCCUCAUCAAAGAUCACAGACAGACUACAUGUUAAUGGCCAACAUUCAAAGAUGCAUGUCCCUUCAGAUGACAAAAAGAAGCUCUCAGAUCCUUCAUCUGUAAAUGUCUCAAGGGACAGUUUGUUUGGUGGCUCAGAUGACGACAAGGAGGGCCAGGCCCAUAAGGCUGGGCAAUCUAAAAAGUAUGAGGGAGGUCAUUGGGUACCAAUUGGAUGGGCAAGAAUUUCAGAACUUGUCCAAGCAGUUCAGGUUGAUGCUGACUGGUCUUCUCAUCAAUUGGAAUUUGAGGAUUCUGAAGAUGAUUUUACAGUAGCAGAUUUGGCAGCUCCUUAUUGGGAGCAUCCGGCUGGGCCUAUAUGGUGGUGCCAUGUUUUUGCAGGUCACCCCACUGUUGAGGCUUGGCUCAGCAAUGCUCAAUGGCUACACCCUGCUGUUAGUUUAGCCUUGAGAGACGAAAGUAGGCUUAUAAGUGAGCGAAUGAAACACCUUCUCUAUGAGGUCCCAGUCAGAGUUGCAGGAGGGCUGUUAUUUGAGCUCUUGGGACAAUCCGCAGGUGAUCCUCUUGUUGAAGAAGAUGACAUUCCAAUUGUUCUUAGGUCUUGGCAAUCUCAAAACUUCCUUGUAACUGUAAUGCAUAUAAAAGGAUCAGUAUCAAGGAUAAAUGUUCUGGGUAUAACAGAAGUUCAGGAGCUUCUUUCUGCUGGAGGGUAUAAUAUGCCGAGAACAGUGCAUGAAGUUAUAGCACUACUUGCUUGUCGUCUCUCACGGUGGGAUGAUAGGUUAUUCCGUAAAUCUAUAUUUGGGGCGGCAGAUGAGAUUGAAUUGAAGUUUAUGAACAGGAGAAACCAUGAAGAUUUGAAUCUUUUCAUCUUAAUCUUAAAUCAAGAAAUCAGAAAGUUAUCAACACAGGUUAUCAGAGUGAAGUGGUCACUCCAUGCAAGAGAUGAGAUUGUCUUUGAGCUUCUCCAGCAUCUAAAAGGAAAUGGAGCAAGAACCUUGUUAGAGGGAAUAAAAAAGAGCACAAGAGAAAUGAUUGAGGAGCAAGAAGCUGUUCGUGGCCGCCUGUUUACCAUUCAAGAUGUUAUGCAAAGCACUGUUCGAGCUUGGUUGCAGGAUAGAAGCCUUCGAGUAACCCAUAAUUUAGCUGUAUUUGGUGGUGUUGGCGUUGUCCUCACCAUCAUUACUGGGUUAUUUGGGAUCAACGUUGAUGGGAUACCUGGGGCAGAACAGACACCUUAUGCAUUUGGUGUUUUCACGGCCAUCCUCGUCGUUCUGGGAGUAGUGCUGAUAGCAGUUGGCAUGGUUUACCUUGGGCUGAAAAACCCCGUUGUUGAGGAACAGGUUGAAGUAAGGAAACUUGAGCUGCAAGAAUUGGUGAAGAUGUUUCAGCAUGAAGCAGAAACUCAUGCUCAAAUGCGGAAAAAUAUUUCUCCCAAGAACUUACCUCCUACUGCUGGUGAUGCUUUCCGUAGUGAUGCGGAUUAUCUUGUAAUACAGUAGAAAUACUAUCAUACUAAUACUUUAAUUGUCCAAGGAUGCUUUAACAUCAAUUACUUUUGGUGUUAACUGUUGUUCCAAGUCUGAAGUUAAAAGCAUGAAUUGAAAAAGCAUUUCUCUUUGCUUAUUCAUGAACUUUGGUGAAUGUGGAUUGUGGAGGAACUCACAACCGUGGUUGGAUGGAUGGGGGACGUCAGUGAUGAUAAGCUCAUACUUUCUUUUGGACAUUCGUAGGCCUCAGUCUCUAACAAAGCCGAAAUUCUUCUAGGCUUUGCUCUAUACAAGUUCUUCAUUGAAUAAAUUAGAAGUUUUAUAUGAAAUGAAUAUUUGUAUGCCUCGUAUGCAAAUUGUUCAUUUAGCUGAAUAUUUGUAUGCCUUGUAUGCAAUUGUUCAUUUAGCUGAAUUUAUAAACGUCAUGUCAACUUAGUGUAUAUAGAAGAUUUUUUUUUUUUUUUUUUUUUGUAAUAACAAAGUGAAAGAUGUGAUACUACUCAUACUGUGAUACUACUCAUACUAGUGAGACUUUAGACAUUCUAGUUCUACUAA